ACAUCCGUUUCCGCUAAAAUUCAUGAGAAUAAAAAUGUGCUUUAUGGUUUUAAUUUAAGGUUAGACAUACAUUUAGCAGUGUGGUUAAGGUUAUGUUUAAAAUCACGUUUUAAGAAAAUACAUUGUAGAAAUAGGCGGGGUUUAUGACUUUGCGGCUGUCGUAACCAGUGACAACUGGGUAAGAAAAUUACUUAAUAGAGCUCAAUAUAUCUUGCACUGUUCAUAUAACGAAUAUUUAUUUUAACGCGACAUUUUUCAAUAUUUGAAAGUGAGGAGGGCAUGUAGUAUCGAUUUCGCCCUUAUCGCAUGCGGAUGAUCUAUUUUGUUGCAUUGUGUCUCUCACCCUUUGCUCUCCAUAUUGUGCAACAUUUACUUGUCCCAUAACUUCGCAGCGAAAGUCUGAAGAGCCAUGGAAAUCUCUUUCGCAGGCAAGCGGGCCAUAGUCACGGGGGCAGGAAAAGGCAUCGGCCGGGCCACGGCGCUUGCUCUGGCGCGCUGCGGGGCAGAGGUCGUGGCAGUCACACGUACGCGGGCUGACCUGGACAGCCUUCUGCUGGAGUGUCCGUCCAUCAAGCCGGUGUGUGUGAACCUCGGUGACUGGGGGGCCACAGAGGAGGCGCUACGGGAGGCCGGCGGUAAUGUCGAUCUGCUGGUGAAUAACGCAGCCUAUGCCACGCUGCAGCCUUUCCUAGAGGUCACCCCCGACCAGUUUGACAUAUCCUUUAACAUCAACGUGAAGGCUGUCCUCCAUGUCUCUCAGAUUGUGGCUCGGGGUAUGAAGGCCAGAGGAACAGGAGGCUCCAUAGUGAACAUCUCCAGCCAGGCGUCUCAGUGUGCCCUCCAAGACCACACCGUCUACUGUGCCACUAAAGGUGCUCUGGACAUGCUGACUAAGGUUAUGGCCCUGGAGCUUGGACCCUAUCAGAUCCGUGUGAACAGUGUGAACCCCACAGUCGUGAUGACUAAGAUGGGGAGACUGGCAUGGAGUGACCCUGGCAAGGCCAAGACCAUGACCUCACGCAUCCCUCUGGGACGAUUCGCAGAGGUGGAGGAUGUGGUGAACUCUAUCCUGUUCCUGCUCAGCGAUAAGAGUUCUAUGACCAACGGUGUCACCCUGCCUGUGGACGGGGGCUUCCUGGCCUGCUAACCUCUCACCUUCUCAUUCUGCCUUCUGAUUGGCUGGCGUAGUCAUUUUCCAUGGUGUCCACUAGUACCCAUUUAAUUCCUCUUCAAGCACUGAUUAUAUUCGGACUUGAUUUUGUUUUAUGUUACUGAUUACAUGUCACCCAGAACAAUAGAAUGAGUCUUUAUGAGCUGCCCUGUUUGUUGUAACCGUAAGCAAUUGUUUAUUUUUUGCAUAUUGUGGGUGUGUGUUAGCUUAUAGAGAGAACUGCUGGAUGAAACUAGUGUAAUAUACAGUCGUGACCAAAUGUUUUUGAGAAUGACACAAAUAUAAAUUUUCACCAAGU